AUGGAGCUCACGCGUGAACAUUUCCGUGCCAUAAUUUAUCACAAUUUUCGUCGCGGCUUCAUCAUCAGCAUCAUCAUCAUCAUUACAUCCCUUCACAAGUCCACUGCUGAACAUAGGCCUCCCUCAAGGUAUGCCACAAAGCACGGUCCUGAUCUACCUGCAUCCAUCGACUUCCUGCAUGUCUUACCAGGCGUCACUCCAUCUAGUGGUGGGUCGCCCUACACUUCGCCUACCGGUACGAGGCUGCCACUCGAGAACCUUUUUUCUCCAACGGUUGUCGGUUCUUCGAGCUAUAUGGCCGGCCCAUUGCCACUUCAGCUUAUUAAUCCGUUGGGCUGUGUCGGUUCUCUGGGUCACUCUGGUUCUACUGCGGUUAUCCUCAUUUCUAGGUUUAACACGCAGAGAAACCCCGAGCAUAGCCCUCUCAAUAACUCGCUGAGCGACUUUGAGCGUCCUCAUACGACCAGCAGUGAAGGACCACGUCUCGGUUCCGUAGGUCAUCAAUGGCAACACGCACUGGUUGUACAACUUAUAAUAGUUUCCAAGUUUUGA